AAAGUGGCGCGCGGGAGCCGGGCGGUGGGCGGUUGGGGCGGCGCGAGCUCGGGCGGGCGGCGCGAGCUCGGGCGGGCGGGCGGUUGGUGGUGGUGGUGACGGCUGAAGCUGAAGGAGGCGGAUAAUGAGUCUCUGGGUGGACAAGUACCGGCCGACGGCUCUGGGCAAACUCGACUACCACAAGGACCAGGCCGGCCAACUGCGCAACCUGGUACAAUGUGGUGAUUUCCCUCAUUUACUGGUUUAUGGACCAUCAGGGUCAGGAAAGAAGACCAGGAUAAUGUGCUUACUUCGGGAGCUUUAUGGUGCAGGAAUAGAGAAGCUAAGGAUUGAACAUCAGAGCAUUACAACUCCAUCCAAAAAGAAAUUAGAAAUAAGCACAAUAGCGAGCAACUAUCAUCUUGAAGUUAAUGCAAGUGAUGCUGGAAACAAUGACCGAGUGGUUAUUCAAGAACUGAUUAAGACAGUAGCUCAGUCUCAACAGCUUGAAACAAGUACACAACGAGACUUCAAAGUUGUGGUGCUGACUGAGGUCGACAGACUAACAAAGGAUGCCCAACAUGCCCUGAGGAGAACUAUGGAAAAGUACAUGUCCACGUGUAGAUUAAUUCUUUGCUGUAAUUCCACAUCAAAAGUAAUUUCUCCUAUUCGCAGUCGAUGUCUUGCAGUGCGAGUGCCUGCACCCAGUAUUGAGGAAAUCUGUCACGUCUUAAGUGGAGUGUGCAAGAAAGAAUGUCUAAUACUUCCUCAAGAACUGGCUAGGAAAAUAGCUGAGCAAUCCAAUCGAAAUCUUAGAAAGGCAUUACUUAUGUGUGAAGCCUGCAGGGUUCAACAGUAUCCAUUUUCAGUUGAUCAAGACAUUCCUGAGACAGACUGGGAGGUAUACCUCAGAGAGACCGCUAAUGCUAUUGUCAACCAGCAAACGCCACAAAGAUUAUUGGAGGUGCGUGCACGGUUGUAUGAGCUUCUGACUCACUGUAUCCCUCCUGAGAUAAUAAUGAAGGGUCUUCUGUCAGAGUUGUUAAACAACUGUGAUGGGCAACUCAAAGGCGAAGUUUCACAAAUGGCAGCCUAUUAUGAGCAUCGGCUGCAGUUGGGCAGCAAGGCCAUUUAUCACUUGGAAGCAUUUGUAGCCAAGUUUAUGGCCAUUUACAAGCAAUUCAUGGAAGUGGGAUUGGAAGCUAUGAUGUUUUGAUGAAUUUUUUAUAUUCAGAAGCGUCUUCAGACUAUUUCAUUUUGCUGAGGAUAUGAAUGUUAUUGAAAUUGAAACUUAUGUGGUGUAGAUGAGGAUUCUUUCUUUUUAAAACAACAACCAAAUCUCAUUAUACUAUACUUUAGCAACUGUAUUAAUAAAUGUAAUCUGUCCUUGUAAGUUUGCUUUCUCUAUUUUCCUAAUGCCUGCAACCACCCAUUAAAUGUGAUCUAUUAUAUUUCAUAAUUAGAGUUUAA